AUGCUACCAUCUUUAUACGGACAGCUAGCCGGUACCGGGACUAUUACAGAUCCUAUAGUUCAGGCAGCUGCUGCAGCACUUGCUGCUCAAGCCGCUUCAGAGCCGAUUAUUGGUUCAGGAUCAAAAGAUACCACAUUUACAAAAAUUUUUGUCGGCGGUCUUCCUUAUCACACAACUGACAAAACGUUGCAUGAAUAUUUUGAGCAGUUUGGUGAAAUUGAAGAAGCUGUGGUCAUAACAGAUCGUCAAACACAAAAGAGUAGAGGAUAUGGAUUUGUGACAAUGAAAGAUCGAGCUUCAGCAGAAAGGGCCUGCAAAGAUCCGAAUCCAAUCAUUGACGGUCGUAAGGCUAAUGUUAAUUUAGCAUAUUUGGCGCUUUCUAACGGACUACAGCAGCUUCCUCUACAGGCCCAACUGCAGGCGUUGUUUCCCGGCCGCAUUGCCGGUGCACGGUCGGCAAUGUAUUUUUUCUUUAUGUUUUGAUU